AUGGCGGCAGCCCAGACUGCCUUGCCCUCCAUCAGCACGCUGACCACCCUGGGCCCUUUCCCGGACACACAAGAGGACUUCCUCAAGUGGUGGCGCUCUGACGAGGAGCAGGACCUUGGCCCGGGGCCCCCUGGCCUCACAGGACUGCCCCUUCACGUGAAGCCGGAGUCGGAAGACGUGCGGGAGGAGGACGAGGACGACGAGAGAGAUGAGGCCGUCGCCUGGGACCUGGAUCUCCUCCUCACCAACUUCCCGGGUCCGGAGCCAAGUGGAGAGGCCCGGACCAACGCUCUGGCGCCCGGCGAGGGCCCCGGGGGGCCAUACCCGCCGCUUCCUGAGACUCUGGGCGCGUAUGCGAGCAGUCCGGGGGUCGUGACUGGGCUCUUGGGUCAAGAGGAGCACCCAGGCUGGGCGCGCCCGUCUCCCCGAGCCCCGGCCCCCGACGCUUUCGUGGGUUCAGCCCUGGCCCUGACCCCCGAGCCCAAGGCGCUGCCGCUGCAGUCAGUAUACCCUGGGCCGGGAGUAGGCUCCUCGGGCAGCUACUUCCCGCGGACAGGGUUUUCAGUGCCCGCGGCGCCAAGCGCCCCCUACGGGCUGCUGUCCGGGUACCCCACGCUGUACCCGGUGCCGCAGUACCAAGGGCAUUUCCAGCUCUACCGCGGGCUGCCGGCACCCGCGCCCGGCCCUGCCGCACCCCCCUCUUUCCUAAGUUGUUUGGGGCCCGGGACGACGGGCGCCGGGCUAGGAGGCACCGCGGGAGACCCAGGAGGGAUCAGCGAAGCCACGCCAUCCAAACGCAGCCGGCGCUCGUGGGCGCGCAAGAGACAGGCGGCGCACACUUGCGCGCACCCAGGCUGCGGCAAGAGCUACACCAAGAGCUCCCACCUGAAGGCGCAUCUGCGCACACACACGGGGGAGAAGCCCUAUGCCUGCACAUGGGACGGCUGCGGCUGGAGGUUUGCACGCUCGGAUGAGCUGACCCGCCACUACCGGAAGCAUACCGGGCAGCGCCCCUUCCGAUGCCAGCUCUGCCCGAGAGCAUUUUCGCGCUCUGACCACCUAGCCCUGCACAUGAAGCGCCACCUUUGA